CCGCCUCUCACCGGAAGAACUCUGCACCAAACUUCCUGCAACUUUCCUUGUUUCUUCCUGCUUCUGAAGGAACAGCAGCAGCAUGUCAACUCUCCUCCGCAGACUGUCCGGGUCCAGGUGCUCCUCGAGCCGGUGGUUGGGAGUGAUUCAGCGGGAAACGCACAGCCGGACCUCGAGCCUGAUCCAGCGGGACGGACCGCGACUGCUGGCCGGCGGCGGUCGACCUCUGACGGCGUGCAGCCGCACUCAGAGCCGCUGUCAGCACACAGAGGCUGGAGGUCCAGUAGAGGUGGAUCUGAAGCGGUUAGAGGGGGAAGAUAAUGGGAUCGUGGAGGUGUUGAUGUGCCGACACAAAGUAAAAAACGCUCUGGGCCACGUGUUUGUGUCACAGAUGAGGGACAUGGUGGCCACUCUGUACGCUGACACAGCAGUUCGUGUGGUUGUCUUCAGGAGUUUGGUUCCAGGUGUUUUCUGUGCAGGUGCAGACCUGAAAGAGAGAGCUCAGAUGAACAACCCUGCAUCUGAUCUGUUUGUUCACCGCCUGCGAUCCCUCAUGACUCAGAUAGCCUCGUUGCCCAUGCCGACCAUCGCAGCGAUGGACGGCGUCGCCCUGGGAGGCGGGCUGGAGUUGGCCUUGGCCUGUGACCUCCGCACUGCCGCAUGUUCGGCACAGAUGGGUCUGAUUGAGACGACACGGGGGCUGCUCCCAGGGGCGGGGGGCAGUCAGCGGCUGCCGCGGGCCGUCGGCAUGACUCUGGCCAAAGAGCUCAUCUUCACAGGUAGGCGUGUGGGGGGGCAGACAGCGCUGGAGAUGGGGCUGGUGAACAGAGUCGUAGAACAGAACCAGACCGGAGACGCUGCAUACAGAGAGGCGCUCAGCCUGGCCAGAGAGAUACUGCCUCAGGCUCCUGUCGCUGUGCGGCUGGCUAAAGAGGCGAUGACCAGAGGCAUCGAGGUCGACAUGACUUCAGCGAUGGCAAUAGAGAGGAUGUGUUAUGCUCGGGUCAUCAACACGCGGGACAGACAGGAGGGAAUGGCCGCCUUCAUAGAGAAGAGACCCCCGCGGUACACUGGGGAAUAAACUCUACUUGAGCUAUUGAAUUUCUCUCACACAGACCGCUCGACAUCAUAACCUCAUGUCUGGUAGACAAUUAACACCUAUUGAUUGUUGUGUGUGUGCAUCCCAGCCGCUGUCGAUACAUUAGUUAAGGUCAGUGUUUGUGUUAGUGACGUUCAGGAUGAGACUGACUGAAGGGAGAUUUUCAUUUGAUGAAAGUUAUGACAAAAAAAGUAAGUUUAUAUUGUUAAAUCACUGGUUCCCAACCUGGGGGUCCCGACCAUUAAUUUCUGUGAAGAAAACUAAAUGAAAGUUAUUUUUAAAGUCUGGAUUAUUAUUAAAGAUACAAACUUACAAAUUAGAAAAAAAUACGCAGUUAAAACUACCGAAGAGCUAAUAGAACACCUGCGUAUAAAUAGUUGUAUAAAUGAUUAUUAAAAAUAAAAAAAUCCAUAAUCCAGACAAAGAAUUACAUUAAAAGUUUAUAAAAAUAACAGGAAAAUUCAUCUCUGAUGAAAUAUUCACAGGAAAUAAUCUGCUCCGUCCUGCAGUUAUUGCGUUCACUAUUUGGGUUUAUUGUACAGUUUAUCAGUUGUUCUGUACUGUUAUUGAAUAUAAUAUGAAAUGUGACUUAGUCAGGGGUUGUCAGUUUACUCAAUGUUAGAAAAGGGGGUCCCUUAAGGAACUAAAUAAUAAUUCACACAUUCCAUACUUGUGAAUCUCAUUUUUGGAAUAAAAAGGCAAACACACACAAGUGUCAUCUCCAGUUUAUGGGAAUGUACAUUCUUUAUUUCCAAACUUGAAAACGUGACAUGGCACACUCAUGGCAGACGUACAGAUGGUAUCUUGACCUUUUUUGUGUCUUCCAUCUUGACUCCACUCUUGUGAAAAAUGUAAAACUGGCCGUCAUCCAAAUGUGAUGUUCAAGAGGCUCAACUAAACAAUCAGGAGCAACAGAAAAAA